CUCGCUGCGGGAGUGGGGACGAAGUCAGCUUAGAGGACUUGGGCUUGGGCUCGAGAGCGCUGAAUGUGGUCGAAUUAGAGAGUGCGUUAAGUGUAUUAUGGUUGCUGGAGUCAGCUCUGCCUCGAAGCUGCACAGUAUUCCCCCACUCUGGCCCACAGAAUAUCACACAGUGUACGGGUUCGCGUUGGGCUCUCAUUGUAGCAAGCCUGUUAAAGCACGCUCGGGCUGUCCAUUUCUCUCAGCCAGUUCCCGUCUGUGGCCGGAGCAAUCCAUCGGACUUCUUCGGCACGGCACGAGACUGGAAUCUGGCAAACAAACAUCUGCCUGGGGCGAGGGGAGGAAAGGCGAGUCGAGUCUAGAUCUCUCGAAACGUCGUUGUCGACACCAUCCCCAGGCCUCGAGAAGGAGCAGUUGGUCGAGAGGAGCGAGGGAGGGAGGGACUGAAGGAAUUGACGAGAACUGUCAGCUGCAACCCUGGCGGCCAUGGUGAUGGAGAUGGGGACACCGGCGCUGGAAGAUGUGCAUUCAGCGCCCGUGGACGGGGGCUGGACUGUGCAGCUGUGCGUCAGUCCCAUGCCCAAGACAGGAGGCAGCUCGGAGGACGCGCUGUACUGGGCCAGAGCUGCCAAGCUCGCAGCGGGUAGCCACUGGGAGGAGGUGAGGACCAUGGUGAAGGAGUUCGAGCAGACGCAGGAGAUCGUGAUUCAGGGAGUGACUCUGUCGGUGGCUCAGGUCACGGCCGUGGCUCGGAACCCGAAUGUCACCGUGGUUCUCGAUGCGGCCACUGCCAAGGACAGAGUGGACGAGAGCAACCAGUGGGUCAUGCACCACAUGACCAAGGGCACUGAUACGUACGGCGUCACCACGGGCUUCGGCGCGACCUCGCACCGGAGGACGAACCAGGGCGCGGAUCUGCAGAGGGAGCUCAUCCGAUUUCUGAACGCAGGUGUGCUGACGGACGAGGCGAGCAUUCUGCCCGUGGCCACCACGCGAGCCGCAAUGCUGGUGCGCACCAACACGCUCAUGCAGGGCUACUCGGGCAUUCGAUGGGAAAUUCUGCAGACCAUGCAGAAGCUGCUGAACAAGCACAUCACUCCCAGGCUGCCGCUGCGCGGCACCAUCACCGCCUCGGGCGACCUCGUGCCGCUGUCCUACAUCGCGGGGCUCGUCACCGGCCGCCCCAACUCGCGCGCCGUCACGCAGGAAGGCAAGGUGCUGACGGCGUCCGAGGCGCUCAAGCAAGUGGGGCUCCUGAAGCCCUUCGAGCUGCAGCCCAAAGAGGGCCUGGCCAUGGUGAACGGGACGGCCGUCGGCGCGGCGCAGGCUUCAAUGGCGUGCUACGACGCCAAUGUCUUGGCCUUGUUCGCCGAGGUCUCGUCGGCCUUGUUCUGCGAGGCCAUGCAGGGCAAGCCCGAGUUCACCGACCACCUGACGCACAAGCUCAAGCACCACCCGGGCCAGAUCGAGGCGGCCGCCAUCAUGGAGUGGGUGCUCGAGGGCAGCGCCUACAUGAAGGCCGCGGCCAAGCUGCACGAGACCGACCCGCUCAAGAAGCCCAAGCAGGAUCGCUACGCGCUGCGCACGUCGCCGCAGUGGCUCGGCCCGCAGAUCGAAGUGAUCCGCGCGGCCACGCACUCGAUCGAGCGCGAGAUCAAUUCCGUCAACGACAACCCGCUGAUCGAUGUGUCGCGCGACAUGGCCGUGCACGGGGGCAACUUCCAGGGCACGCCCAUCGGCGUGUCCAUGGACAACAUGCGCCUGGCGCUGGGCGCAAUCGGGAAGCUCAUGUUCGCGCAGAUGUCGGAGCUGGUGAACGAUUUCUACAACAGCGGAUUGCCGUCCAAUUUGACCGGGGGCCCGAACCCGAGCCUGGACUACGGCUUCAAGGGUGCGGAGAUCGCCAUGGCCUCCUACUGCUCCGAGCUGCUGUACCUGGCCAAUCCCGUCACCACGCACGUGCAGAGCGCGGAGCAGCACAACCAGGACGUGAAUUCGCUGGGGCUCAUUUCGGCCCGCAAGACGGCAGAAGCGCUCGAGAUUUUGAAGCUGAUGUCGGCGACUUUCAUGGUUGCGCUCUGUCAGGCCGUCGAUUUGAGGCACCUGGAGGAAAUUAUGCUCUCCAGCGUGAAGCAGGUGGUGUCGCAAGCGGCGAAGAAGACUCUGUUCGUCGACGCGGAGGGAGUGCUCUUGCCGUCCCGUUUCUGCGAGAAAGAUCUCCUGAAAGUCGUCGAUGACACUCCUCCCUUCACCUACAUCGACGAUGCCACUCUCUCAUCGUACCCUCUGAUGACCAAAUUGCGCGAGGCCCUCGUGGGCCACGCCAUGGAGAACUCGAAACUCGAUGAGAGCUGCACGGUAUUCCGGAGAAUAGCCAUUUUCGAGGAGGAAUUGAAAGCCCAAUUAGAAGUGACUGUCCCGCAGGUUAGACAGCAAUUCGACAGUGGGCUCUCGACUAUUCCGAACAAAAUCAAGGAAUGCAGAAGC